AUGGAACACUUAAAUCCCGAGGAGGGUUUCCGUUUUCGCCCGACAGAUUCAGAAGGACUUACGUUCUUGUUGAGAUUCAUUGCUGGACAAGAGAUGUAUGAUGCUGGAUUUAUUACCACUAACGUUGAUGUCUAUGGCAAACAAGAACCCUGGGAAAUAUAUGAACAUGGAGUACCCUGUGGUGAUGAUGAGGACAAUAGUAGUUAUCGCUAUUUUAUCACAAAGCUGAAGAAGAAAAGCAAUGCGAGGUAUCAUCCUUCUGUCGGAAACAAGGGAACUUGGAAACAGGACAACAAGGGCAAACCAGUUCACUACAAAAAUAUGGGGAACUCAUCUUCAGUGGUUAAUAUUGGAUCCAAGACGAGUUUGUGUUACAAGAAUAAAAAGUUUUACCCUGGAGAUCAGAAAGAUGGACAUUGA